GCUGCGUGGGAAGGCGGGGCGGUGGAGCGGCCGCGGGUGGGGGUUGCAGCGAGUCGUGUUUGCGUGGAAGACCUCCGGAUAGCGGCCCUUCUCUUACGCCGCGCAGCGUGGGGUGUCUCCUCGGGGUGGUGAGGGGGACUCUGUGUUCUGUGCCUUCCCUCGCCCCAAGCCUGGGCCGCGGGCUGGGCUGGGGCCCCGGGGGAGCGCUGGCCUGCUGGCGCGGUGGUCGCGCCCCUGCCCGCAUUGGUUCGGUUUUGGGUCGUUCUGGACUUGAAGCCCAACUUUGUCUUUUACUGGUGGAUCCUGUAGUGCAGGUGGUGGUAGUUAUUGGUUCGGGCCCUGGACUGGUUUUGUCCCAGUUUGUUCGGUGGGUUGAGACAAGUGUCUUUCUGUGGCCCAGCUUCCCUUUGUAGAGUAGAACCGACCUCCCAAGUGAAGAAUAUUGAUAUCAAGGGAGAGUGGUACAGAAGAGUGCUUAUCUUUGUAAGUGUUAUGGGUAGAAGUGCUUGCCUCUGAAGAGUUGCCCUUGUAUGUAUGUAUAUAUAUGUACAUAUAUGACAAAAUUUAUAGUGUAACAUUAAAUAUAAAUAUUUGAUGUAUUUGUAUAAUAAUAUUAUACGUAAGUGCUCUGGUAAAUGCCACACCUGCAUGUCCUUUCUCAAGUUUUGAAAGGUCCCACAGGUUCUAGAGACAUGCUGCAUGUCAUGCACUGAUGUCUCAUGUUGAUGUUAUUCCAGCUCUAAAUGUCCGUGCAGCUUCAAUGUGCAAGUUGAGGGGCUGCUGUGGAAAUAAAAUACUCUGAUAAAAAUGAAGUUCAUGAAGUGGAUCAUGGUCUUAUUAGCCAGCUACUUGCUGAUUCAGAGGAGACUCUUAGUUCGUGCACAGAGAAAAUGCAGGGUCCUGCUCAAUACAGCUGGAGUGCUGACUGGAGCUUUUGGCUCUCAAGUUCCACUUACAAAUAUAGGAGCGAGGAAUUCAAGAGACAGUUUUCUCAUCUGCCGGACUCAGAGAGACUCAUAGUAGAUUACGCCUGUGCACUCCAGAAGGAUAUCCUGCUGCAAGGACGCUUGUAUCUCUCUGAAAACUGGCUUUGUUUCCACAGCAACAUUUUCCGAUGGGAGACCACAAUUUCUAUUGCCUUGAAGGAUAUCACUUUCAUGACAAAGGAGAAGACUGCUCGGCUCAUUCCAAAUGCCAUACAGAUAGCGACAAAAGGAGAGAAGUUUUUCUUCACGUCAUUCAGUGCAAGAGACAGAAGCUACCUCAGUAUCUUUCGUUUAUGGCAGAAUGUGUUGCUGGAUAAGAGGCUGACCAAGCAGGAAUUCUGGCAGCUGGUGCACCAGAGCUAUGGCUCUGAGCUGGGCCUGAACAGCGAGGAGAUGGAGAGCUUCCACUCAUCAUCUGAAGACAAUGGGCAGCCUCGGUCCAGUAUUUGUGAUGAUUCCGGAGAAAGGGAUGAAAAACUACCUAAAAUGAUUGGUUUAGUUCGGGAACCCACGCUUCACACAGAAGGAGAGUCACUCAAUAGCCACGCGUUGCCGGGAGUGGAAGAGUCCCCAAGUGAGAAGCAAAUAAAGAAAAGCCCUCUUCUAUCUUCAGAAAGAAAACCUGUUAAGCUAGUCAGGAGCAGGUCUUUAGAAAAGUCCUUAGACCUGAAUGAGAAUGAAAAUCUUCCAGACAAGAGCAGUGCCUCAGAUAGUGAAGAAGCUGUGAAGGAGACUGUCUCUGAGAAUGAUCUCUAUGGGAGACUUUUUAUCAACAGAGUUUUCCACAUCACUGCAGACAAGAUGUUUGAAAUCCUUUUCACCAAUUCCCACUUCAUGCAGAGGUUUCUCAGUUCCAGGAGUAUAGUAGAUGCUGUAUCAACCCCUUGGAAUAGAGAUUCCAGUGGCAAUCAGUUGAGGACUUUGACAUACACUGUAACAAUUAACAAUCCGCUGUGUGGGAAGUUCACAACUGCAACUGAGAAGCAGAUCCUGCAUAAGCAGAGCCAGAAAGGACAGUCUUAUCAUGUGGAUGCUGAGGUACUGACCCAUGAUGUCCCCUACCAUGAUUAUUUCUACACUGUGAACAGAUACUGCAUCAGCCGCACAUCCAGUCACAAAUGUCGAUUACGGGUUUCUGCAGAAGUAAAGUAUAAAAAACAGCCCUGGGGCCUUGUCAAGUCUGUAAUCGAGAAGAAUACCUGGGGAGGAAUACAGGAAAACUUCAAACAACUUGAAUCAGAUCUCCUAAUGGAGGAAUAUGCAAUUAAUCAGUCCAUAGAAGACUCUGGAAAAUUAGUUGCCCUGAGACGAAGACGACGCACUUUACACCGGAGUCUGGCAGAAUCACUUCCCAAACGCUCUUCCCAACACCCCUCUGGUGACAUGGGAGUGGAGUCCCAGGGCAGCAUAAUAGGAAGGAAAAGAGAUGCUGUAAGUAGGACCACCACCAUCAUUGUAGUAAUGAGUGUCUUUUUGCUGUUCUUGGUCUUGCUGAAUAUGAUACUGUUUCUCAAGCUGUCAAAGAUAGAGCAUGCAGCUCAGUCCCUCUAUCAUGUGCGGCUUCAGGAAGAAAGCUCUUUGAACAUAUCCCCAGAAAUGGUAUCAAAAGAGGAGAUCCCUCAAUAUGAUAAGGACCAGGUUAAACAUGUGAAGGGAGUUUUAAGAGACUCAAUUGAAAUGCUUGAGCAGCUGAAGAUCUCCCUUUCCAUGCUCCAAAGAAGCUUUGACCACUUGAACAGGACACAGAGCAGCAAGACUGAGAGUUAAUACCUACAUCAGCUUUCCGUUCAAGAUGUCGGAAGAAAAGAUGUGUGUGUGUGAGGACUUGUGGGGUAGGAAUUGUAACCGUCACCUUUGGACUCUUUACUACUAUUUGGCUUUAAAGCUGCAUGGAAUAAAGGUUGCGUUCUACAUUCCCAUAA